UGCGCGGAGAUACGGAGCAGUUAUAUUCUUCCCAACUUUUGCCAUCACAACAAUCUACGCCGAUUGGUCCCACACACGCAAGUGGAAGCAAUCCCUCAAGACUCAACAACAAGAGCUAUUAGCUGCACAUUAAAUCCAUCAAAAUGGUUAUUGGAGUAACAAAGCAGUGGGUUUGGAUCAGUUUGCCACUUCUUGGUGGUGUAAUUGGUACUUACUUGGAUAAUUUAGAAACCGAAAGGAUGACAAUGUUUCGGGAUAAGAGUGCUUUGUAUGGCAGAAAACUUAAACCGGGCGAAGCACCAUCUUGGUAAAGUUACUUCCAACUUAAAAAAUUCUAUUUGUUGUAAAUUAAAAAAAAAAAAAUGAAGAAUGAUCAAUUAAAGUGAAAUAUUCUCAACA